CUAUCAGUAAGAGUGGAGCACAUCUUGCUCAGUAAUUAAAAUCUCAAUGAACGUAUCAAGUGUAUAGUUGAUAAUAACGUAUCAAAUAAUAAAUCUUAAUUAAAAAAUAAUAUUUACCAACUGAAUAAAAUGAAUUUAAUCGUCAUCGCUCUGUUACUACCGCUGGCAAUAUCUGCUCAGAGAUAUCAACGUUUAUCUAAUCCGAAUGAUGAACCCUUCCUACCCAUAUUUCCUGUCUAUCCAUACAGUCCGAAAUUAAUAAAAAGAGGUACAGAAAAACAUUUUCUCUCUCAGUUAAAUCCAGAGGCAUUUACACCAAAACCAAAUACGCGUGAUUCAUAUAGCACUAGUUUUAAUGGAAAUUAUCAAAGAGACUCAACGAGUGCCACAUCCGCUCCAAACAUCUAUCAGCCAGCUUACACAUCAACUAAUCAAGCUUACAAUCCAUCCCAAGCAUAUGCUACAGUCCCACGAAUCAAUCCGCCUAAUUACAACGCUAAUCUUUAUCCUUAUGCAUUAUACAAUAGUUAUCCCGUAACACUCAUAGCUCAGCCCUACACUACUCUCUAUCCUAACUAUCAACAAGUCUAUUACGCCAACUCUAAUUCUAACUUAAACUAUAAACAAGCUUACACUAACUCUAAGACUAAUGAAUCAAGCAAAAAUGAUCUACGAAAUGAGAAAAAUCUUGAGAGACCAAGAAAUGAGUUAGCUUUCCUCAAAGACGGAUUUAUUGAUGGAACAAAUUAUGUAUCGAAUUCACGAGAUGUUGAAGAUUCCAAUUUGUAUAAGCAAAGUACUUUCAAUCAGUUACAAGUAAAGCCAGAUGCUUCGGAACUACACUUGAGAAGUGCACAACUUCCUGCGACUGCUUACCAUCAGCUCGUUGGAAUUGAGAAACAGCAAAAUAGACAACCUAAUUAUGCACUUUCUCCGUCUGGAUACAAGUACCAACAGUUGGAUUCUACUAUGGCAGCUGCCCUUUCCAGACUUUUAACUCAGCAAAGUGUCGCUCAACAAGGACUUAAUCCACCAUCCCCACCAUCGUUAUCAAAUCAAUACGAAGUUUCUGAUGUUCAUCAAAAUAUGGCUCCACCGGCAAUCCAAAGGGACCCUUCUUCGGUGAUUGCAAAAACGGGACUGGCUUACGUGAUGAAUCAACCAAUAAAUGUGUCUCCAAGACAUAUAGCUAAAAUGCCAGAAGCAUAUCAACUUCUUGAUCCGACUGGAGGUCUGGACAGAGGUCAAAAAGUCACACAAGUCACUUUUGAACCUUCUGAAAGUAUCUAUAUACCUCCAAUAAAAUCUGUGAACGAUUCAGCAAGAUAUCAUACUGAUUAUAAUGAAUUUAUUCAACAAGCUAAUCAGCCGUAUGGAGGAACAACAAGCUCUUCAAGUGAAACCUCACAAGUUCAACAACCUUCUCAAGCUUAUGUUUAUCGAUAUUCUGGAUAUAACUCUACACCAGGUAAUCAGGAUCAAUCGACAAAUUAUAGGAUUCCUUUAGAUACAAUCGGUUAUACAUCUGAUAGAAAUAUGUAA